CACAUUUAUGCCGCAUUCUCAAACGAUAUCUCCGUACGAAUGGUUGAUUGAAAGUUGUAACGGAGCAGGUUGAGGUCAAAGAUGAGUGUGAAGGCCUGAAGCGGUCUUGGAAUGAUGCAAUGUUGGAGAAUGAGAUUCUCAAGAAAAAGCUAUUACAGGCUGAGGAGUCUGGAGUCAGCAACUGGCAAUAAAGUCCCAACUUUCUGAAUGAGGAAAAUAUAAUAAGACAUUCAGGAAAACAAAACAAAGGAAAGAAUGAGCAAAAUGAUGGGCGUGGUGAGCUAUUGGCUACCAAUGAUGUCUUCCAGCGUUUAGGGAACGAUUGCAAACAACUAUACAAUUUGCUAAGAUUGACUCCCAAUAUACCGGACUACCUUGACUUGGAGUUAGAUGCUAAUAUCUUCCACCAUAUGAACAUGGAACGCAUUUUUGUGAUGAUAGAGGACAUUGAAGACUUGUUCACAAUGAACUGGCUUGAUGUAUCUAUAAUACAAGUCUUUAUAAGGUAUCUUUAUCAGUUGUGCAAGAAAUCUAAAGUUAGCUCAAUUGGGUUUAUGUGUCCAACACAAAUAUCAAAAGCUAAUGUUGACAUGAAUCUGGAAGCUGUUAUAGCAUAUCUUCGUAAUACCAUAUCCGAACUUCAAGAUAAGACAUUCAUUUUAGCACCAUACCAUCAAGUAAAUCAUUGGUUGUUGCUAGUGAUUUGUACUAGUUCAAGAAUGGUAUACGUCUUAGAUCCUAUGCAAUGUGACCGUGACCUAGAAAUAAAGUCCGUGUUGAAUAUGGUAUUCCGAACUUUUACAAAUCAACGGGGAGCAAGAGCAAGAUGUCGUGUCGAUUGGAAGAAUAUUAAGUGUCCUUGUCAGCCAGGAAAUUCUGAGUGUGGAUACUAUGUUAUGAGGUAUAUGUAUGACAUAUGCACAAAAUAUUUUGCCAGCACUUUGUUGGAUGAGGCAUUUCAAGAAACUAAAACGUAUUCCGAUAAGGAAAUAGAUGAGAUACGCAACAAGUGGGCGCAAUAUUUUCUAAACGAGUGUGUAUAGUUUGAAUAUAUUAUAAUUGAAUAUAUUUAGCAAACUAUGAUUGAUUGUAAUUUCUUUUUGUUGUGGCCACAUAAUUCCAUUGUAAUACUCAACUUUGUGGAUCAAUUGCGCGUUAUUGUAAGGGU